AUGAACUAUCUGUCGGAUGAUAAGCGAAGAUUCCUCGAUUAUUUGUUCUUCGUUGCUCCCCAAGAUAGUGAUGACUCAGAGACAAGCGUGAUUUCAAAGAAGUACCCCAAAGAAGAUUAUGAAGAGUCCUCCCUGCCUGCAGAUGUGGCUUAUUUCUGCCAACCAGAAGGCAACCACAUCGAAAAGUUCUAUGGCGGCUCGGCGGUAAUGAAGGAUUCGUCGUUUGUCUUUACGUUGACAGAUAAAGACACCUCCUCGACGCGCUACGGAGUGUGCCAUAAUUUCUACGUCCGAAGGAAGUCCUCUGACGAAACUAAAGACAAGCUUGUUUCGAUUUGCAUUCUCACAAAUCACCAAUUUAUCUCUGGAUUCCGAACUGUUCUCGCUACUCUCAAGAAGAUCACUGAUUCUGCCGAUCGUUGUUGCAGAGAGAUGGGAAAUUUUUCUUUCGACAUUUGGGAUUACUUCACAAAGACAGAAACCCGGCUUGAUGAUUUCCCUCUAGUUACAAGAGAAUAUAUUCAAAUUAUUGAAAGUUGGAUAAGCAUGCUUCUUGAUUCUCCCGUUCCCGAAAAAGUGAGCCUGCCACAAGAUGUUUGGGUCGUCGAUCUGGACACAAACAAAAUCUAUCAACCCAAAACGGAGCCGGACCUGCCAAAGCUUCCAGAAGCAGAAACGAAUCAGCUAAAAAGUCACCUCUUUCAAGCGCUGAAAGCAAUGGGAUCAGAGGAAAACUACCGUGGAGUAGAUAAUAUUGAAAACGCACAAGGAAAGGUCCAAGAAAGCUACAUUUAUGGGAAUGAUGUGGAAUGUGUUGAUGUGGCGACGCGAGUGGCGAUGAUUCGCUUCUUUGACUCACCGGGCGUUUUGAGAGGCGCUCAUAAACACAUGCGCACUUUACGACUCUACCCUCGACCGGUGGUUGCCUUUCAGGCUGACUGCUUUCUACAGUCGAUCGAAUCGGAAAACCAAACGCCAGUAUUAGAGGAUUCUUUUAUUUCGAAGCUUUCGCGGACGCAAGCGGUCGAAUAUUUAGGAGAAUGGAGUCUAAGUCCGAGCAACGUUGCUUUUAUGCGAAUACAGAAUGGUAUUUGGGAUCCAGCUCUUAUAGGCGAUAAGCCAAAGUGGUUCGCAGGGCAAAUUGAAUCCGUAAACUACAACAUCGCUUCAGUUCUGAUGCUCGAUCAAAUUCUCAAAAACGCAGAUAAGCUUGAAGCUGGAGAAAAACUAGAUUCUUCUGAUUUGGGACUGAAAAAGCCCACUCCUGGAGGAUUUCACGAGCGUCCAGAAAAUCUUGUGCUCACGCGGACGCGACCGCCAGUGUCCAGAGGCCAGAGUGUUCAAAUGGGCCGUUCAGCAAGCAAUUCCUCCGUUGCCAGCUCGCACAAGUCCAGCAACUCUCCUAUGCUUCGUCAUAAUGCUCAGAACGACGGCCUCAACGUUCCAAGCGGACUUUCUGAACGACAGAAUGAAAUAAGAUCAAUCCAGCAAGCGAAACAACAAGCUCGGCAGAAACGGCGGCUGGAGAUUACCCAAGAUGCCGAGCUGAUUCGUGAGGCAGCACGUGAGGCGCUGGAUGGAAACGGAGUGAGUUGGAUUCGAUUACGCAAAAUCAAGAAAUUGAUGGAAUCGGAAUCAUGGCGGCUUUAUAUGCUCUCUCGGUUGAAUCAGCUCACCCAGCGCGAGGAGAACACGAUUUACGUAGAGAGUGUGGAGAUUUCCCCCAAAGCCUUCAAGGGGAUUAGUGACCUGUUGAAGGCUGUAGAAGCUGGCCUCGAAAGCAACUUCAAAGAAAAGAAAGGCCACGGCGGCCUCUCCAGUGUUUUCUUCUUGAUGGAAAUUGGGCACACGCAUUAUUGCACCAAAGAAGAUGUAAAAAGUCCUCGUCAAUCAUUGUCAGAGAGCUUUUCUUCGUUCGAUAAUACAGUGAAAGCGGCACGAAUCGUGGCUCAAGGCGCAUUGACACAGAUAAAUCGUCAGAUCUCGCAUCAUAAGAUCUCCGAACUGCGACUAUCCACGAGCUCGGCGGCAUCAGAACCGACUUCGAUUGGACUUAGACGCGAACUCAAAUAUAGAGCUGGCAAAAUGAUUGAAGUCGAAACAGACGAGGAUGAGAACGAAGUUAGGGUGUAUCUAUACGAAGCGUUGAGCAGGGAAGAGAAUGCUAUUUGGAAGAGUGCUCAAUUGUGGGAAAAUGCGUUCCUCGAUGUUGUCAGUCUUGAGCGAGACGCGCUGGGAAUGGAGCACGGGCCAACAGACAUGAUCGUCAGAUACAAAAAUCUCGCUGAGGUUGAGAAAAGACGACUAGAAAAUGACGAAGAUCAGCUGCUAGUGACUGUGCUGUAUAACAUGUCCGCAUUUAUGAUCAUGAUGAAUGUGGAUGCGAAGAUCAUUCGUCGCAAAAGCUUUGUUGUUCACGCGGGCACAAGUGCUGCUGGAGAGGUUUUAUUCCUCGAAGUGUGCACCGAUGCCCUCAUUCUCAGAAACGGAAUGGGCACGAUAUGCGAACGAUGGUGGCACGAGAAGCUUAUUAACAUGACUUUUUGCCCCAAAACUAAGAUUUUACGAUUCAUGAGAAAUGAUAUAACCCAUGCAUACUGGUAUCAUGGGGUUAUCUCGAGAGCAUCCGCCGAGAGCGUUCUAGAGCUCGACGGUGACUUCCUCGUCAGAGCGAGCUUGAACAACGGGCAAGAGCAAUAUGUUGUCUCUUGCAAAUCUCGGACAAGUUUCCUGCACAUUGUUCUUCUCUGCGAGCAAGAUAAAUACAUGAUCCUCGAAGAUUUCGAAAAGAAGGACUCGAUCGAAGAACUCAUCUCGACCUACAUGGAUAAUAAACAUCCUGUCUCAAAGCUGUCGAUGACGAUUUUGAAGCGACCUAUUUCUCACUUGCGGCAUUCGAGCAAGCGACUCGAUAAUGAAGCGCCUUGCCUCGAUAAUUCUCAGCCUUUAGAUAAUCAAUCGAUUGACAAGAUCAUUGACGUGCUCAAUAAAACGCUCCAAAAGAAUUCGAGCUGCCGAAAUUCAUCGCUGCGACGGGAUCAGAUCUUUUUUCAGGCCUUGCUCGUCCUAGGAGACUUGAGGAAAAGCUGCUUACUUCUCGAUCAGUUGGUUCUUUGCUGUUACGAACUUUAUCAAACGUUGAAAUGCGACAGCGCUUUGAGUCACAUUCUUUACGCGCUCAAGUCCGAAACCGUCGCUCGCCACACGAAGCUCUGGAACAAAUUCAAAAAGGACCAUAUCGUUUCAUUUUUGACUUAUCAAAGAAUCCUCCAGCCAAUUUCUGAAGAUAGAAAAGAAAAUCGGCUUUUUCUGAAAUAUCAACGAGAUUGCUUCAAGCUUAUCGAUGAUGAUCAAUUUCUCGAGGAUCUUUCGAUUGCCAAGAUGGUCCAACUGGUAUUCGAUGCACGCGAGUCUCAUCUAGGCUCUGGUCGACAAGAUGCUCUUGCCAAUUGCCGUGGUGCGAUAAAGAGCGAAAUGGAAGGAAGUGCUGAUAGUGCUCUUGCAAAGAUCUUCUCAUUAGGCUAUCAAGAGAAGCUUCUUCUCGAGCCUGGUGUUUCGGUGUUUGACGAAACGAGCAAAAAAUCGAGUCCGUCGCGCAAUACGAAUAAUUCUGCCAAAUGA